AAGGUGCUGAUAGAAAGAAGACCACUAUCGCGCCCACACUUUUCGGUGGGAAAUUAAAUUUUCAUUUUUAUUAUUUUCCAAAAAUGUUUUUCUGACAAAUUAUUUAUUUAUUUAUUUAUUUUUUAGGGAUUAUUUUAAAACGGACUCAAAAUAAGUCCACUGAGUAGGGUUUAUUCCUGUCUGGAAGUUGGAAUAAUACUCUGUCUCUUCCAAAAUUUGUUUAUUGUUUUUUUUUUUUUUUUUUGUUUUGAAAAAUCUUUUUUUUCUUUGUUUUCAAUUUCAUUUGCGAGCCCGAGUCUGCGAUCGUUUUGUUGGGUAAUUUGGACUCGGGCAAAGUUGGUCCUAGAUCACACAUCCAUCAAGGAAUGCCAACUUAUUAUUGUUUCACCUUGUAUGGUUUGUGUGAGUAACUAACAUUGUUUCUUGCCCAUAGAAAUAUUUGAGAAUUGACUCUUGAUGGUUUGAAGGAGAUCAUUAUCCAAUUGUGUGUCUGAGAUUACCUGCUGUGGACACCCAAUUUCUAAAGCUGAAGUUUGAAUUUUUUGGGGUGAUAUUUGUACCAUUGAGGAUGUGGCUGAGAUUUAAACAAGUCUUGUUAUUUUCGUUGUUCUUUAUAAUAUUCUUCGGUACUGCCACAGCAGAGUCUGAAGGUGAAAUUUCACAUAAGUUGAUAGCUGCUCCUCACAAAAACAUAAGAACCAAUGUUAUAGAUGGCACGGGAACAGAGAAAGUUUUCAACUUUGACGGUACUGAAGAUGGAAUGGGCGAGAAGAAAAGUGGGAAUAGCAAAGUUUCAGUGUCAACAGUUGCACUAUUCACAUUGGCAAUGGCUGCUGCCACUGGUUUAGGUGCAGUCCCAUUCUUCUUUGUAGAGCUUGAUCCACAGUGGGCUGGAUUAUGCAAUGGAAUGGCUGCUGGUGUGAUGUUGGCUGCAAGCUUUGACCUCGUACAGGAAGGGCAAGGUCAUGGGAUAGGUCAUAGUGCUGGGAAUUGGGUUGUGAUUGGGAUUUUAGCUGGUGGAGUUUUUAUUUGGCUAUGUAAGAAGUUUCUUGAACAAUAUGGGGAAGUUAGCAUGUUGGAUAUAAAAGGUGCUGAUGCAGCAAAGGUUGUUCUUGUAAUUGGAAUUAUGACCCUCCAUUCAUUUGGGGAGGGAUCUGGUGUUGGAGUAUCAUUUGCUGGCACCAAGGGUUUCUCUCAAGGUCUUCUGGUUACUCUAGCUAUAGCUGUGCACAACAUACCAGAAGGACUAGCUGUGAGCAUGGUGCUUGCAUCCAGGGGUGUUUCUCCUCAGAAUGCAAUGCUAUGGAGUGUAAUUACAUCCUUGCCUCAGCCCAUUGUAGCAGUCCCUUCAUUCAUAUGUGCUGAUGCAUUCAACAAGUUCCUUCCUUUCUGUACUGGCUUUGCUGCUGGAUGUAUGAUCUGGAUGGUUGUUGCUGAGGUACUUCCCGAUGCAUUCAAGGAAGCCUCUCCAUCACAGGUUGCAUCAGCAGCUACUCUUUCUGUUGCAUUUAUGGAAGCUCUUAGCACACUGCUUCAGAAUUUCACCCAUGACUACAAUUCAGAGGAUGCUUCUGGCUUCUUUGUUUCACUUCUUUUUGGUCUUGGGCCAUUGCUUGGUGGCAUUGUUCUUGUCACAUUUGCUUUAUCUUUCCAGCUUCAGCAUGCUCUCCUCAUGGGUUCAGCUUCUGGCAUUGCCUUUGUCCUUGGUGCUUGGCGACCGCUGCAGCUACUUUUUCAAUCAAAGAUGGGGUUUCUUCCUCUUACGUUUUUGCUUGCAUCUGGAGCUGCUUUUGUCCAUUUUUUGAGUUCUAGUGUUUUGAAUAUUGCUGGACGUAAAAGAACUUCAGCGAAUAACUUACCAACAGUAACUGGCUUCCCAAUCAGUAUUCACACCUUACAGGCAUUCAUAUCAUGUGGAGCAGUUGCCUUACAUGCUUUGGCCGAAGGGCUUGCACUAGGAGUGGCUGCACCAAAAGCUUAUGGACUAGGACGUCACAUGGUGCUUCCUGUAUCCCUACACGGGCUCCCUCGGGGUGCUGCUGUUGCUAGCUGCAUAUUUGGGGCUGCUGACAGCUGGCAUGGGGCCCUUGCGGCUGCUUCCCUAAUUGGAUUCAUGGGUCCAAUAUCUGCUAUUGGAGCCAUACUUGCAGGAAUUGACUAUAGCGGUCUGGACCAUGUGAUGAUUUUUGCUUGUGGGGGACUACUACCAAGCUUUGGAAGAAUAAUCAAGAGAGCAGCAAGGUUGGAUACUCGAAAAAGCAGUUGUGGCCUUGUGAUGGGCAUGGGUUUUGCCAUUUUGUGUUUAACGUGCACCAAGUUGGUUUGUUUGCACACCCCUUAUUGCAAUUCUGCACCAGAGGCUGUGAGAUAGCAUACUUGUGGUUUAGCCUGUGUUUUGCAGUGUAUUUAUUUAGAUGAGCUUGUACAUGUUAUUGGGUUUAACAAUUGGCACAUCCAUCUUCAUUAAGUUUGGAACUUGUGUUACACAGCAUGCUCAUGAAAGAAAAUUUGUAAAGGAGGAAGGAGGUAGUAUGAAGAAGAGGCCGGCCUGGAAGAACCCCAAGUUUAUGGAGAGAAUGACUUUAUUGGUAUACACAUUUGAUAGUAUCAUAAUGCUUCAUUUCUGUGACGAAAGGUAGAGCAUCGUGCUCUUCCUCCUAACUUGUAACUUUUAGGGCUUUUCUGUUUGAGACAGCUUCUACAUUAAAGAAUUAAUGAUGCUAGAAGAAAGACCUAUCUUAUUUUAUUA